AUGGCGGCUGCAAGCAUGGCGAGCGAAGAUUGUGCGGGAGAUUUGUUUGAUGACGAUUUGGUUGUUGAUGAGGGCAAUGGUGUGAUUCAACCCUACAUGUACGAGCCAGUAGUGGAGAGUGCGAGAGACGAUUCAGAUUCUUGUUCUGAAUCGGGCGAAGGUGAUGAUGGGGAGAUGGAGGAUGAGCGACUUGAUCGCAUAGGAAAUAUCAAUUCGUGUCAUUGUGGUGUCUGCACUCCACAAGAGAAGGGGAGGGAAUCCUUGUGCUGCUCAGACUAUUCACCAGUCCAGGCCAAGAAGGAUGAGCUGAAAGUAGAGUGCAUCACGCAACACCCAGGUUUUUCCAGCACCUGUCUUGAUAGAUGGGUGCUUGAAAUGUCGAUGUAUCACUACAUCGAAGAGCAGGGACAAAUUGGCGAUGACCAGCCCAUUCACAAGUUAUAUCGAUACGUGGCCUAUAGGAACCUUGUCCGUUGGGUUUGGAAGAGGUUGGGGAGAAGGAACCGUUUGCCGCUCCCUGUUUGUGCUCGGGACAAGAUACGUGCUGCUUGGCCUGCUCCGGACAAUGACGGGUACACAGGAUUCAAGUAUCCUACGUUCAAUUGA